GACUGGGAGGAGAGGCAGGAGGUACUGGCCAGAGAAUUACCCCCUGACCCUUCAGCUCCUCCCUGGCACAGAUAGUGGUACUGAGUAUCUCAAAGCGAGAAGAACCUUGCACACCAGUCCAUCACACUAACCCCCCAAGAGGAGCUCUGAUCCGACACGAAUGGACCAUCUCAGUCCCGUUUAAGCACCAAGUAGACUUUCUGCGAGAUUAGGUACCACUGCAUAGGUUCAGAGGAAGCCCCAACCGAACUUCAAGAAGAGCCGCUUACUUUAUCCCGCAAAAACCCCAAUCCAUACCCACCCAGAACAUUUACCCCUCCCUAGAAGGCGCCCUGUUACCCUCAGUGCUGGGGUCUGAUCCUAGUCCUUCUGUGUACCCCAGGUGGAGGUACCCGGGAGCCUCUUCCUGCCCGAGCCAUGCUGCCAAAAGUGGAGUCGGAAUCCCUGGGACUAUCGAGGUCGCACGGAGAGCAGGGGCAAAUGCCGGAGAACAUGCAGGUUAACCAAUUUAAGAUGAUGGGUUACUCUUAUGAUGAAGACCUGGAGGAGCUGUGUCCUGUCUGUGGGGACAAGGUGUCUGGAUAUCACUAUGGGCUGCUUACCUGCGAGAGCUGUAAGGGUUUCUUCAAGCGUACAGUCCAGAACAAUAAAAGAUACACUUGUAUUGAAAAUCAGACCUGCCAGAUUGAUAAAACCCAGAGGAAGAGAUGUCCGUACUGCAGGUUCCAGAAGUGUCUGAGUGUGGGAAUGAAACUAGAAGCCGUACGGGCAGAUCGGAUGCGUGGAGGCCGAAACAAGUUUGGGCCAAUGUACAAGAGGGAUCGUGCUCUCAAGCAGCAGAAAAAGGCUUUAAUUAGAGCAAAUGGACUCAAAUUAGAAGCAAUGAGUCAGGUCAUCCAAGCUAUUCCCACGGACCUAACCAUUUCAUCUGCUAUUCAAAACAUCCACUCAGCCUCCAAGGGUCUACCUCUAAACCAUGCUGCCCUGCCCCCAUCAGACUAUGACAGAAGCCCCUUCGUAACUUCACCUAUCAGCAUGGCAAUGCCACCUCAUGGUAGCCUACAGGGGUAUCAGACCUAUGGGCAUUUCCCCAGUCGUGCAAUUAAAUCAGAGUACCCAGAUCCUUAUACUAGUUCCCCGGAGUCCAUCAUGGGAUACUCCUACAUGGACAGUUAUCAGUCAAGUUCUCCUUCAAACAUCCCGCACCUUAUUGUGGAACUGUUGAAAUGUGAACCAGAUGAGCCCCAGGUCCAAGGGAAGAUCAUGUCUUAUUUACAGCAGGAGCAGGCCAACAGAAGCAAACACGAUAAACUCAAUACAUUUGGACUCAUGUGCAAAAUGGCCGACCAAACGCUGUUUUCCAUUGUUGAAUGGGCAAGGAGUAGCAUCUUCUUCAGAGAACUUAAGGUGGAUGAUCAGAUGAAACUGCUGCAAAAUUGCUGGAGUGAACUGCUGAUUCUGGAUCACAUAUUUCGGCAAGUUCUACACGGGAAAGAAGGUUCCAUUCUUCUGGUUACCGGUCAACAGGUGGAUUACUCUGUAAUUGUCACACAGGCAGGCGCCACUUUAAACAACCUAAUGAGUCACGCACAAGAAUUGGUGGCCAAACUACGCUCACUUCAGUUUGACUUAAGAGAAUUUGUGUGUCUGAAAUUCCUAGUUCUAUUCAGUCUUGAUGUCAAAAACUUGGAAAACUUUCAGCUGGUGGAAGGAGUUCAAGAACAAGUCAAUGCUGCUCUUCUGGACUAUACUUUAUGUAACUACCCCCAACAGACAGACAAAUAUGGACAACUGUUGUUACGAUUACCAGAAAUCCGGGCCAUAAGUUUGCAGGCUGAAGAAUACCUAUAUUACAAACAUCUCAAUGGGGACGUUCCGUGUAAUAACCUCCUUAUCGAAAUGCUCCAUGCAAAAAGGGCCUAACUUUUACACACAAAAAAAACUGUGCACAGAUAAAUAUAAAGACUAUUUAAAAGACAUUUAAACAUUAAAAAGGUAUAAUAAUCAAAAUUCUUAAUAGUCAAUAAGUGAUGUAUCAGGGUAUUUGUAUUUCAAACUGUGAACGACAUUACAUAUUCCUGAAGGAUUUUGCACGGAACAUGCUGACUGAAUUCAAAGCAGCCAACCUGGUGGGAAUGGAUUCCAUUACUGUGUAUGCUGAAGAAUGGGUUUAUCUUCGCUUACAAGAGACUGGACACCUAACUAGUGGUACACGGGUGGCAUCAGAGAGGAAUUCUGGAUACAAGAACAAUCAUUCCUCACUGUCUUAACAUGCAGAACUGUCACAUUGUGUAUCCUUACGCUUUUCCAAAUGUGGUUUUUGUUGAGGUCAGCCAAAAAAAACCCCACAAAAUACAAACCAAAAAUGUUUAUAAAUAUAUAUAUAUUUGCAUGUAAAGUACUUUCUCGAUUUGUUGGGCAAAUAUCUCUUUGUGGAAGCUACAAUACAAUGAUGAAGACAACAGACCUCCAUUUGCAAAAAUACAUAUAUCCUCUGGUUACUCCCCUUCCCCCACCAACUCUGUCAUUAAUCCGCCCCUGGCUACAAAUAACCAAAUUAAAUUAUGAUACUGUGACUCGCAGGCCGCAGCAUUCUGUUUCCAUUGAAAAAUACAAUAUCUGUUAUUUGUUUUUUGCACUGUGUUAAUUUCUAUUUGUUACAUGCUGUUGGUUACCACAGAUAUGUUACUUAAAGACUGCUUACCUGAUACUUUCUAAAUACAAACAUAAAAAGGUACUAAAGGUUAGAAAUACCACUAAUUUUAAUGUGUUCCAAACCACUACAGGAAGAAUUCUUAUUCUUUCCAUUUUUUGUAUUAGAGCUUAUGGGAAAAAUAGAAAUUGACUUUCAGAAUGGACUAUUUAGUCAUCAGAAGGGAAAUUGGUUCUGCAGGGGGCUUUGUGGUGGAGGUUCUAGUGCUAUUUUGUAAUUAAACUCUGCAAUUUUUCCAAGUUAACCCCUUAAUGACAAAGCCUGUACAUGUACGGGCUCAAAAUGCAUUGUUUUCAAUGGGUUUAGGGACCGCCCAUUGUCCUUAAGGGGUUAAUAUGACAUUGAGGUCCCUUAUGUACCCAGCUCUGUAGGACCAUACAGUUUAUGCACAUGCUUUCUUUGAUGUCGCAUAUGAACAUCCCAAAACUCCAUCUUGGAAGAUUUUAAUGAGAGCAAUGUCUCCUGCUGAAUAAAAAUUGUUUUUAAUCCCC